AAAGGCGGGCAGCCGAGAGACCUUCCGGCGGGCCUUCGCGUCCGCCCUGGAGCCGCCGCACGGAGCCGGCAGCGCGCAGUGCUCACUUGAGGCCUGGAUCACAAUGGCAGCUCAGAUGUCUGAUGCUCAUCGACGGUUCUUGCAAGUCCUGAUGUCACAUGGGAUCAUGGAGGGAGCAGAGGCUAGGAAAUUACACAGGCACUGCUGUGAAAUCAGUAAAGUCUACUGUGCACAAGAUAAACUGGAUGAUUUCGUCAGUACCAUCAACAACCAGCUACAGCCUUUGUUCAUGCAGAUCCGGAAAGGAAUGUCUGAAGUUGAUGGGAGAACACAUUAUGCUUUGGUGAAUAUGGCAGAAACUGAAAUUACUAAAAUGGCAUCCGACUAUGCAGAAAAUGAACUAGAAUUGUUCAGAAAAACAAUGGACCUAAUCAUUUUAUCAGAAAAUGGCUUUGCCUCUUCUACGGAUAUUUUAAACUGUGCUGACCAACUAAAGUCAAAGAAAAUGAAGAAAAAGGAAGCAGAACAAGUGCUGAAAAUUUUUGUGGAUGAUAAGUGGCUCUCUGAGAGAGAUGGGGAAUAUACUCUGCAUACUCGCUGCAUAAUCGAGAUGGAACAAUACAUUCUCAGAACCUACCCAGAUAUAGCAAAGAAGUGUAAUAUCUGUCACAGCCUUGCCAUCCAGAGCCAAGCAUGUGAAACAUGUGGAACUGGAAUACAUUUACCUUGCAUUGGAAAGUACUUCAAAACUCAGUCUAAACCACGAUGUCCUCAGUGUAACGAUUUCUGGCCUUAUGAGAUCCCAGACAGGAGUCGGAUAGAUUCCCAGUCAUCAAAAAGAGCGAGCAGAAAAGAGCUUCAGUCUUUGUAGCUUCAGCUGAAGUUAGCAAAACUUGCUUUUAGUGAUUUUUAUUUUCCCAUUCUCUGGCAGAAUAGCCAGACUGCACUGUAUUCAUCAGUAACAGUACACUGUUAAACGUAUUUAUUUUUUCUAGAGUUUUAAGAAAAUCACAAUAAAACUGUCAUUGACCUUCCUGUUUUUCUACACAGUUAUGCCCAGACAGCUUCCUAGGAGGUGGGCUUAUAUAUGCUGUUCUCUAUAUUUCGGGCUGGGAAUCUCAGUGCACGUUUGUGAACAAAAGACAAAUGUUUUUGCUCAGUCCUGAAAGCUGAUUUAUGCAAAUGAAUUAUUAUACAAAGCCUUUCUCAGCCAUUGUACUCCAUAUUUGUAUGGUUUCACUUGCAAAACUGAGAAUGAAACCUGUUAUUAGAACCACAGGACUUGUGAAUAUUCCUCAAUCAGCUCACCUAUAUAACUUUUUACCUGGUUUUCAAGUAGCUGAUCACACAGCACUUCAAGGUCUCUGCUGAAAUGGUCAGCUGAAUCCCUGAUCAAGGCCUGGCUAGAGUCCAAGCUUCCAGCUUGUACCAUUGCUUGUUUUUUAUCUCUUCCUUUGGCAGAAGAGUUCACGUCAUAUGGCGAGGUCACAGGCAGAUAUGUUCAAGAAAAGAUGGAAUUUUUCCACAAUCAAAACCAGUUACAAUUUCAGCUUAAUCUAUGAAGCGUUAAAAAAAAAUAAUCUAAAGAUGACUUUUUUCCCCACUGGUUUUUAGAACUAGUACUUCACACUGUUGUUUUCUGUAAAGAUGUUUUAUCCUUUUAAAAGUGACUUGAAAAUGAAACAAGGACUAUAUGUUGCUAGAUACUAGUGUGGAGUGGCAUUAUAUCUUUUCCUUGGCAGACAGCAGAGUCUGCAGUUCAGCUGACUCUUGAUCAAAAGAUAAUCAAGCUUUAGAUUAUUUAAUUGCAGUAAACUACUGAUCAACUUAGUUUCAUAGUCCUUAAACUCAACUUUUUCCAUACAGGAGACUGUUUUUUUUGUUGUUUUUUUUUUCCCUACAGAUUAAUAAACCUUACAGUGACCCAACAGGUGCUCUUUACAAGGUUAUAUUAGAAACAUCCACAAAAAUAAAGUGGUAGCAUUUAGCCACAUUCUUUUAUCAAACUGAAACAAGGAAUUUUUAUUUAUAGGGAAAAAAACAGUCUCAUGUUUAAACAGAAUUCACUUCUGAAGCAUACCAGAUGCUACUUUUCCUUGAUCUUUAAUUGCUAUUACAAUACUAAUAAACAUUAUUCAUACUUCAGU